AUGAUAAGUCUACUAGACCAGUCAAAAAUUCUUGCUGGAAUAUUCGGUGCUCCCUUCUUCAUCUUCACAUCAUUCUUCAUUCUAUUCGCCUACGUUCUUCUAUGGUUCCGAAAACGUCAAACCUUGACAAAAGCCAUAUCGAUAUUCGAAGUCCCCCUCAUUAUGUCAUGCUCUUCAGUUGGAUUUUCUUUACUUCAUUAUUCUGGGAGAAUGCUUCUAAAGCCAGUCAGUGAAAAUUCUAAAGACGAGAAGUUCAUCUACUUUUUCAAUUUGAUAUUCUAUAUCAGUACGUAUCUUCUAACGCUGGCCAACAACUUGUUGCUUCCAUUAUUAUUCAUUUACUCUAUAUUUUUCUUCAUCAAGAAUACCGAGUUCCGACUAGUCAUGUUCAUCAUCGCUAUAUCAUAUACCAACCUGAAGUUUGUCAUCUACCUGAAACUGCUUCCGAAUUUCAUUCAAUUCAACUUAAUCUCCAUCAUGGACUCCUCAAAAUGUUUGAUAGUCAACCCAAUCGACCUAUCCAUGCUACUUCUCACUCUAAUGUUUAUUUUCUUCCGACUCCAUUUUUCAACCGACAAGUUAUCAUUUGAAGAUUCAGUUGUCAUAUUCGAAGUAGUUCUGCUGACUACUCUCAAGAUUUUCGGAAUGAUGUCAGAUAUAAUCUCAACUGGAUUACUCCAAAGAUACCCGCAACACAUAGUCCAAUUCUCUGGGAUAAAUACCGAAACUAUGUUCAUGAAAAACUACGAAUUCACCCAAAUGAUAAUUCCAUACUUGUUCAUUUUCUGUGGUCUUAUCAUACGAUUGGAAGACUUGAGAAAGAAAGCAACUGUCAAUUUAACGGAAGCUAUAGACAAUGGAACAUGCAGAUGGAUUAAGAAAAGAAGACCUCAUAAUACUGUAAAUAAUUCUGAUGGCACUGGAAUUCGAGCACCUGAGGAUAUGCCGGCCACGACAGCAUCAUAA